GCUGUGCAGGCCCUGCUCGAGUUCCCAUGGCAGCCCCGCGGCACGUGGGUGGGGGGAGUGUACCCCGCCCCUGGCUGGGAUCCAGUUCCAACCAGCGCUGGGCGGUCACCCCUCGCCCAUUGCCCACCGACCCACCCACUCCCGCGAACUUACCUAUUUCAUUCUCGUUGACAAAUUCUGGGAAGCUGGCCAUCUAAGGCGGACACGAUACGAUCUCUGGAAAUCAGCGAUGCCGAGAGAGUUUUCCUUUUCCCUCCCCUUCAACAGAGCGGCUACGCGGGGGAGAAAAACAAAUCGAAAAGCUGGCGGUACCGGGGCAGCUGGCCGGCUUUAAAAUUAAAAAUAAAACCCGCCCGGAUUUUUUUUCUUCCCAAGUGGGAACUUGGAAUGAAUUCGAACUGGAUUAACCGUUCUCGCCGCUGUGGCUUGAUUUUUAAAAAAAAAGAGUUUGACGGUACGUCUACUGCUCGGAAGAGGACGAGCACUGAAUAAACCGAGCGUCUUGCUCGAGCCACUCAUAUACCUUCGGGUGUCUCAAAAUGGCCGCCGGCCGGCUCUGGCACCGCCUGGACAACGUCAUGACGUCAGGGCUGCCCCGUCCCCGCCCAGCGGAGCCGUGCCCCCACCCCCUCCCCCUCAGGUCAAUCUCCCGUGUGAUUGGUCAUCCUAUGCUAUUGUUCCCAAUGCCAGCAAAACCAAGGAACUAAUUAUUGACUUUCGUUGGGAUGUUACUCAUGCCCCCACACAUAGGCGGAAUGAGUGAAGAGUGUCAAGCUCCUGGGAAUGGUCAUCCACAACAAGCUCUCUUGGACUCUUCAUGUGGAUGCACUGUUACAAAGGCCCAACAACAUCUCCUCUUCCUCAGGCAGCUGAGGAAAUUUGAUAUGAUGACAAAUACCCUUGCCAACUUUUAUAGGUGCGCCAUCAAGACCAUUCUGUCUGGAUGUAUCACUACCUGGUAUGGCAACUAUAUCAUUCAAGAUCCGAGACGGUUACAGGGAGUGGUGAACUCGGUCCGGACAAUCAUAAAGGCCAACCUCCCAUCUCUAGAAUCCAUCUACCAGACCCAUUGUCAAGGAAAGGCUGCCAGCAUUCUCAAAGAUCCUACAACCUCUACCAUCGGGGAGAAGAUGGUUUAUUGGAAGCAUGACCAUUGGAUCCAGACACAGCAGGAAUUACUGUCACUCCAACAAGCUCUUGGAGAAAUGGAGGAGGAUCAGAUACACCAGCAAGCCCAGGAGCAGCAGAAACCUGCAGUGGCUGCUGAACCACCUCCACAGGAAGAGGUCACAGCUAGAGACCCCCCUCAGGAUGUGCAGGAGACCCAGAAUUUGUCAUCCAUGAUGCCUUUUCCACCAGAUGAACGAGGCGCAGUGUAAUUCCCCCAGGACACUGUCACUGAGCUAUGCCAAUUGCUGAUGUGGAACCUUCCACAUGGAGGAAUGAGUGGCCAUCCCAUUGUGGUUGUUAAGGUGACAGCUCUGCAAAACCUCUUUGUAACUGGCUGCUUCCAAGGAUCCCCUGGGGACCUGUGUAGAACCUUACAAACCUCAACCCAGAAAUUCAUCAAGGCUGUUCCUGAUGCAGUUUAUGCCAGAUCACAACAUUUUAUUUCAUUUCUCCUUGCUGCAGGCUGGACAGGAGGCUUUGCCAAUAGAGCUGGCAUUCCCCAGGUACAGGAUACAAUAGACAGGAUACACAUGAGAGUUCCUUAUCAGAGUGUAACUGACUUCAUCAACAGAGUCAUAGAAACACAGAGUCAUUUAGCAUGGAAAAGACCCUUUAGUUCAACUUAGCCGUGCCAACCAGACAUCCCAAUCUGACCCAGCAUUUGGCCCAUAUCCCUCUAAACCCUUUCUAUUCAUAUACCCAUCCAGAUAUUGUGAUUGUACCCACAUCCACCACUUCCUCUGGCAGCUCAUUCCAUGCAAGUACCACCCUUUGCAUGAAAAUGUUACCCCUUUGUUGAAGUAUAUUUUGUUCCACAAAUUCAGAUGACAAAAGUUUCAGUGCAACAGUAGAUGUUUUAUUAUUGGACAGCUGGCGAGAGAUUCUCCACGUCCCCAAAAAUAGUUGUGCGUCUACUUGUGGUGACCCUUCUCCAUAAAUCUCUGCUCUACACACAAAGGCAGUACUUUUUUCAGGAAUAAUAAAAAGGUCUAUAAGUCA